GAGUGAUAUCGUUGAUCGUCUCUGUUAUCUUAUACGUGGCGAACAUACACAGGCGUUCGGGCGAGAAGCGACCCGCUGCUGAACCGACACAGCGUACAAUAGAUGAAAAUUCAGACGAAAGUUCAGAGUAUGAGGUAUGACGUUGCAUGAAAAGUUAAUGCAGUAUAUAGCUUGACUGAUAGUAUGCAGACUGAGCUACGCAUAUUAUUGGAAACAGUCAGACUUGUCCAGGACAAAACAUCGUUUGAUGAAAAUGAUGACGACAAUUAUCCCCGCCCUUCCAUUGCAAGAGCUGAUAUCGAUGUUGAAGCGCUGCUGCAUAUUACGAGAUUCGAUUCUAUACCUGAAGAUGAAAAGCAUAUGUGGCAGCUUCUGGUUCUCCUACAAUCAUCGUCAAACGAGUUUUCAUCUGCUUAUACCAACUUUAAAAAUUGGUUUUUCGGCAUCGUGAUGGAUGAAUAUUAUCAGACGGCUCUGGAAAAAGCGAAACAAAAUCGAGACGAGUGGGCUGUUCCUCUUGCCCACCUGCUCUAUGGCCACCUCUCCGAUGCGUACUAUGCUGCUUACGAUCUGGGAGACCCUGCUCUGGCGUCUAUCAUUAGCUCACUGAGGAUUAGCAGACAAAACCAAGCUGCUGCAAAUCAACAAUUACAAAAGCAGUCGGACGGAACCUUCUAUCAGUAUUCUGCGUGCCAUCGGAAACUCUGGUAUAUCGUCUGUGGCGAACUUGGCUAUUGCUCUCAGGAAGACUUUGUCGUGGUUCGAGGCCUUACAUGGCAAGAAACAUUCGCUCUUUAUCUCCUUUCCAAUCACACUGUCGGCAACGCCAUCAUGCGAUACGAAGCUGCGAUUUCCAAAGACCCCAUUGAUCUAUACAGUCUUAAAACGCAAAAACAUACGUCAAAGCCACCCACAUCUACGACUUCUUCAUGGUGGUUCUGGUUUCUCCACUUAUGGUAUUGUCAAGGUGAAAGCGGUCCAUCGACCAGUGCUUCUCCACUGUGCGGACGUUCCGAUGCCUCCCUGAUGAUUUUAUGGCCUUUGCGAUUCUGUUGGAUAAUUGUCACUCUCCUUCCUUCAAAACUGUCGCUUGCUGACGGUUGGUUCGCUAAAUCUGUCAUUAUACCUCUCUGGUGCAAUUUAUUGCAAGAAUUUGGGUUAGGUAUUCUUGCCGCUUUUUGCGCCCUUAUUGCUCCUCAGAGGAGUAAGGAAUUGAUUAAGAGCACUUUGAACGCAUGCGCAUGGGAGACUCCACUGGAAAAAGAACUGAUACGUGGCCUAGAUCCAAGUUUAAAGAAGCUUAUAAGCAAAGAAAAAAGGGAACUUCUCUCUGAUGAUCUACUGUCUCCGGAAGAGCUGUCAUCUCGAGAAGUAAUUGUUCAGAAGGCGCAAAAGAAAUUCCGCGAGAAAGAUUACGUUGAAGCCGCCAAAUUGUGGAUUGAAGCAGGUGAAGCAGUCAAAGCGACAGAAAUCAUUCUCUACCAUUUGAUACCGGCAAUGUGGCAAGGUUUACUCGGCGACCAAAUGACAAACAUCCAGAUCUUGAAUGUGGCACAGGAUCCCGAUAUUGCCUUUUUCAUCAUGCUACAGCAAAAGCUUCCAUUACUUGCAUCUGAAGCAGCUGCCAGCAGAAGCACAUCAAAGCGACAGGAGAAGCUCUAUGCCACUAUGAUCCGGUGGAUCCGGCGAUUAUCUGCUUAUCGACGACCUGACAGGUCCUUGCCAGAAUUUGAUGCCUUCAUUCGAAUGACCAUAGGGGACAUCGUUUGCGCAGGAAGCCAGUUCAAAGAUAUCGAUAAGUUGAACCGCCUGGCUUCAUUGGCCGCCUUUUCGGUGAAUCCGGAACAACUUCGACAGCUGGCAGACGGCUAUUGGCACACUUACCUCCUCGCCACCGAUUAGUAACUCGUACCUAGGAUAUGGUCAUCCUUACUUCCUUUCUUCCAUAGUUGUAUAUAUCCACAGAGAGAAACACCACAUCAUGUCAAUGUCAUGUCAAUUAUUUUCAUUCAAUCCAGAUCAACUGUACCAAUAUGGAGGUGAAAUCAAUGGACCCUU